AUGGGAGAAGGCGCCAACAGCAGCAGUAACCACCCAACUACCUCUAUUUCAGGAGGUGGCACUAGCAGUCAACCUACACCCGCAAACAAUGUCGGUGGAGGCUCAGGAUUGGGGGAUCAGGGAUUCACCAAGGGCGGAUCAAAUGACUCCUCAAACGUAAAAGUCGAGCGUGCUUCAGGUCAUGAUCCCGCUAACGCGAGCAACAGUUUCGCGGGCUUACAAGAUCAGAAAGAGCGUGCGGGAAACAAGACCUUGCAACGUUUUCCUGGUUCAGCAGAUGAUAACGGUUCCGCUUAUUCCGGUGAGGAUCGUAAUAGCUUCAUGGCUCAGAAGCCCGGGGGCUCUGAUACUUUGCCUGGAUGGGACAAGGCGAAGGACAUUCUCAACUUGAACCCAUGA